UCGAGUCGCUGGACCUUGAGAUCUGAAUCUUUUGCCUCUGGCAGAACAGACAUACAAAGGCAACGACGAAAAGUGUCGCGAGGAAGUUGUGAAGGGCCUUGGGUUGAAUCGGAGUCUGCCAGUCAUCAUGGCCGACGAAUUGGCUGAGCGGCUCAAAAGCCACGCACGGUCCUUUGACAGUUUAUUGUCUCUUAUACCAGCAAAGCUAUACUACGGAGAGGAUGUCAGCGAUCAAUGGAAAAGAAAAAAGCAGACUCCGGAACAGAAGCGGGCGGCAAAAAUGGCCAAAUUAGACCCUGAUAACUGGAAAAGCGCAAAGGACGUUAUCGAUGAAAGAGCAGCAGCCGCAGCCUCGAAGCGAAAACGAGACGCUGAAGAAGACGAGCCUGAUGGGACCGCCGACCUGCCCGAGGGUAGCGAGAUGGAGCAGCCGAAGGCUGUCCAGGACGCCCAAGCGCCAAAACCAAAGAGGCAGAAGACCGACAGAAAAGAUUCAGGCGAAAUGACUGAUACCAAGGACAUUGACGACACUCAAGAGGACAAACGACGCAGGAAAACAGAGGAAAGGGCCGCGAGAAGACAACGGAAGAAAGAGAAGAAGGACAAGGCCAAGCAGAAGCUGGAACGACAAAAGGCCAAGAAAAUGGAAGCGGAACAGCUCAAUGACCCUCAGAAGGAAGCCCUGAAGAAACAAGUGAAAAAGGAACUAAAUCUCCAAAUUCCGGUUGAUCUUGAAGUGACCAACCAGCCGGACCGCUCCCCCCGUGCAGAGUCGCCGUCGACAGUUUCUUCAGAAGACGAACCAGCAGAGGUCUUCUCCCCACAGCACGAGUCUGGCACAUCUUCAACAUCGUCCAUUCAGCCUGCAUCAAUUGACGAGACCGUUAAACUUCUACAUUCGGAUUCUCUUCCACCAACGACAGUUCUGUCGAGCAACGACCACGAUGCGAUGACCAAAACACCGCGAGAACGACUACAAGAAGCAAUUUCUCAAUUCCGUGCAGAACGAAAGGCCGAUGGCGGCGACGGCCGUCAACCAAAGAACCGUCAAGAGCUGUUGGAGCAACGACGACGGAAGGAAGAGGCUAAAAAGGCGGCCAAGAAGGAACAAAAACGUCGAGAGAAGGAAGAAGAGGCUCGCCGUCAAGAUGAGGAGAUCGCGAGACACUUCUCGCCCGGCGGUUCCGGCUCUCUGCUGGCGUCACCUCGGUCUCCUAUGAUCGGGGACAAUAGUGGCUCCUCACCAAACUCGAAUUCCGCCAACAACUUCACGUUUGGCCGCAUUGCGUUCGAAGACGGCACACAUUUCGAGCCCUCAUCAACCUCGGCCGUAGAGGAACACAAAAGGAAAGGCGUCCGUGACACUGCCUCAGAGCUCAAACUCGCAGAAUCCAAAAGGGCCCGAAUGGCAGGUCUUGACGAGGAGAAACGCCUUGACAUUGAGCAGAAGGAUAUGUGGUUGAACGCCAAACGGCGUGCUCAUGGCGAGCACGUCCGGGAUAACACUUCCCUGCUCAAGAAAGCACUUAAAAGGCAACAGGGCCAGAAAAAGAAGAGCGAGAAAGAGUGGAAUGAGAGGUUAGACGGAGUGAAGAAAGCCCAAGACGCGAAGCAGAAGAAACGAGCUGAGAACUUGUCCAAGAGGAAAGAGGAAAAGAGUUCGAAGAAAGGAAAAGUGAGGAGGCCAGGUUUUGAGGGAAGUUUCAAGGGAAGGACAGGCGGAAAAAAGAAACCGUGAUGAAAACGGCUAAUGAUCUAGUGGUUUGUAGCAAUGAAUACUGUGGCAAAACUGUACAA